GCGGGUCGGGCGCAUUCCAAGAUGGCGGCGGUGCCGGGCGGGUCGCGGCGCUUCGAGCCCGCGGCGCUGGGCCUGGACCCCGCCUGGCGCCUCACGGCCUACGGCGAGCUCCGCGGCUGAGGCUGCAAAGUCCCGCAGGAGACGCUGCUCAAGCUCCUGGCGGGACUCGAGGGGCAGCGCCCCGGAGGAGCGGGAGGAGGAGGAGGAGGGGAAGGGGCUGAGGCGGAGAGUGGAGGGGCCCCGGCGCUGGGCAUCGGGCUGGACUCGUGUGUGAUCCCCCUGCGGCACGGGGGGCUGUCUCUGGUGCAGACCACCGACUUCUUCUACCCCAUCAUCGAUGACCCCUACAUGAUGGGCCGCAUCGCCUGUGCCAACGUGCUGAGUGACCUGUACGCCAUGGGGGUCACCGAGUGUGACAACGUCCUCAUGCUGCUGAGUGUCAGCCAGCGCAUGACUGACGAGGAGCGGGACAAGGUGAUGCCCCUGAUCAUCCAGGGGUUCCGGGACGCGGCCGAGGACGGGGGGACGUCGGUGACGGGGGGACAGACGGUGCUGAACCCCUGGGUCAUCGUGGGGGGCGUGGCCACGGCCGUCUGCCAAUCCAGCGAGUUCAUCAUGCCGGACAGCGCAGUGCCCGGGGACGUGCUGGUGCUGACGAAGCCCCUGGGGACACACAUGGCUGUCAGCGCUCACCAGUGGCUGGACAUGCCCGAGCGCUGGAACAAGAUCAAGCUGGUGGUGACCCGGGAGGAGGUGGAGCUGGCCUACCAGGAGGCCGUGGCCAGCAUGGCCACGCUCAACCGCACCGCCGCAGGUCUGAUGAGGUCCUUCAGUGCCCACCCAGCCCCGGAUGUCACCAGGUUUGGGGCUCCUGGGCCACGCCCAGGGGUGACAUUGGUGACGUUGGGGCCAUGUUGGGUGUCCCCAAGGUGACACUGGUGACACCCU